AUGGCAUCAAUUCAAACAGGACGUCUUAAUAAUAUCAUGUAUCUUCGCCGUGAACUUAUUCGUCGGCCGAUCUUGCCUGUACUCGAUGAACCUAAGAUCGAACGCAUGAUGCAAACCAUGAACCGCGAAUAUGAACAUAUUCCGACCACCGCAACAGAGCAGGGUGAAAAGCUUUAUAACCAAGGACGUCCGAUUCCCGCGAGCGAGGUUAACACUGGGCUGCGACAGCGACAAACGGAGAGUGAGGAUAAAGUAACCCCAGCAAAAAAUAACGAAAAUUGUGAUGAGAACCAAUACGAUGACAUGACACCAAUCGAUGUGCUUGCUGUGGUACAUAACGGAACGCCGUACUAUUUUGGAUUUGGAGGUUGUCACCGGUUCCAGGCAUAUGACCGGGCAGGAUGGGAUCUAAUCAAGGUAAAAAUCAUGCCAGCUACUAAGUCGCAGCUUAAACUUUACCUUGGAUCGAGCAUAGACAGUAUUUUUGAGUGA